AUGUUAUCCCUUUCCAGUAUCAAUGGGCUUCUAUUAAGAAGAAAUUGUAUUUCAAUUUCUCAGAUGAAUAGUAACGAAUUAUUAAAAACACUAGCAUUAACUCGUCGAUAUUCAUUGUUAGGUAAUUUGAAACCAACAGAAGGGUCCACAAAGAAGUACAAGAGAGUGGGUCGUGGUCCUUCCAGUGGUAAAGGUAAAACCUCUGCAAGAGGUCAAAAGGGUCAGAAGGCAAGAAGCAGUGUUAAGCCAUGGUUUGAAGGUGGUCAGACGCCUAUUUAUAAGUUAUUUCCAAAGGUGGGUUUUAUUAAUGUGCAUGCGACCCCAAUGAACGAAUUGAAUCUAGAAAAAAUUCAGAGGUUUCACAAUGAAGGUAGAUUGUUAUUGAAUGAAGACAAUGUACUAGAUAUGAAGACAAUGAAGGACAUUGGGUUAGUAACAGGUGUUAUUAAACAUGGUGUGAAAAUUCUAACCGGGAGAACAGUUGAGUACAAUUUACCGAUCAAGAUUGAGGCAUCUAGAGCCUCUGAGAAGGCGAUUGAAGCAAUUGAAAAAGCCGGAGGUGAAUUCACCGCUAAGUACUUUAAUAAAUUAGGUUUACGUGCGCAUCUAAGCCCUGAUUGGUUUCUUGAGAAAAGAGGCAGAUUGCCUUUACCUGCUAGGCCUAUUAAAAGGAAAGAUAUUGAUUAUUAUACAAAGGAAUCUAGUCGCAGUUAUUUGAUCAAGGAAGAUCACCCAUUCUAUCAAGAUAUUCUUAAUGCCAGAAGUUCACAAGGCUCCAAGAGCUCUAGAAUGGUCAAGGGAGCCAAGAAAAGUGCGUUGGAGAUCCAGCUUGAGAAAUUAAGUUCUGAAGCAACCUCAAACGUUUCCUCUUUCGACUCUAAAGUGAUAACUUUAGAAGAUAUGCAAUCUUGA